CCGCUGUGCGCGGCUCCCUUGUUGACCUCCAGCUAUCGUCACAUGAAGACAGCUUCUACCACGCUUCUCGCGACUCCUUGCUUGCUCAGCGCUGCUGCUUUUGGGGACUACAGCUUCGCCAUUUAUCUGCGCCCUCCUCGCGACUUCGCCGGACCUGGUACUGCCUCUCUAUCAACUGUUGCUCCAAGCCGACGCCAACACCCACGUGCGCUCCUGGCAAGGCGAGAUAGCAUCAUCCUGGAACUCUAUAGCCGCUAGCAUCCCCUCACAUUCAGCCCCCGCAUCCAUCGCAAAUACCUUCGGCGCUCUGCGAACAUGUUCCAGCAGAAGAAGCCGUUCUCGGCCGUAACCGUCACCGUCGAGAAUCUCACUUCAGAGUCAUACGAAGAGGAGGACCUGAGCGGCAUCCCCGACCUCGUUGAAGUCAUCAAGCUCCAGGCCUCGGGCCCCAGCGAGGCUGCGCGAGCCAUCCGCAAGAAGCUCAAGUAUGGUAAUGUUCAUCGGCAGAUCCGAGCCCUAGUCCUCUUGGAUGGUCUCAUCCAGAACGCCGGAGAGCGGUUCCAGCGCACCUUUGCCGAUGAGCCGUUGUUGGAGCGCUUGCGCGUGUGCGGAACCGACCAACUCUCAGAUCCCGAGGUCAAGAAGAAGUGUCGCGAGCUUUUCCGCAGUUGGGCUCAGUAUGCGGGGACUCCAGGUCUAGACAGGAUUGCAAGGCUCCACAAGGAACUUCCUAAGAGGAAGGUUGCCGCAACCCAAGAGAGAUCAAAGGUUAUUAGGGAAACCGAGGAGAACCCAUUUGUCGAUGACGAGGAAGAAGAGGCCGCCAAACAGGCUGCUCAAAAUGCAGGCGGUCCUUCCAACCCUCCCGCGUUCAGCCACGCCAAGUCCACAUCCAUGUCGAGCUCAUUCUUUGGCAGCUCAAAGGAUAAGAAGAAGGACAAGGCAAAGGGUAAGCGAAAGCCGUUCAACCUCGAAGAAGAGAAGGAGCAGAUGAAGUCGGUCAUUGCGGAUUCUUCCUUUGCGGCGACCAACUUGCAGAAUGCGCUUCAGAGCAUCAACCGCGAGAAGGAACAAAUUUCCGACAACCAGGCUGCGAUGGAGCAAUUCGAAGCUUGUAAACUUCUCCGGCGAAAAGUGUUACGAUACAUCCAUCAUGUCGAGCACGAGCAGUGGCUUGGAGGCCUGCUCCAUGCCAACGAUGAGCUUGUGCAUGCACUCAUGACCUUUGAGCAGCUCGACCGAUCUAUCGACGCCGAUAGUGAUUCCGAUGACGAACUCGCCGAGCAAGCCCACCUUUACAGAAUGGUUGCAUUGAAGGGCAAAGAGGCCAUGGCCAGCGGCCACUCCCCCACGACCUCGCAGCCUCCCGACCUCUCCGAAUUGCACAUCGCAACUUCGCCCAAGGCUGCCGCGCCCCCUCGACCGCCCCCCAUGGCAAAGCCAGGCCAACGGAUGCCGCCCCCUCAGCCUCCCCGGCCUGCACCGCCUCCGGCGCCUCCAGCGCCUCGACAGGAGCCCAAGGAUGAGGAAGAAGACGAUGAUCCGUUUGGAGAUAACCAUGUGAUUGAUACUCCGGCGGUGGAAUGUGAGCAGCCGAGGUGGUGAAUGUUCAAUGCUGGAUAAUUUUAUGAACUGUUAGCAGAGCAAUUUGUUGGGUAUAAGUGGUUUUGAAAGCAGUCAUUUUUCUCCAAUGAGAGUUUAAGCGAUAUCCUGAAUUGCUUACAUCUAAUUUGCCAUAUCUCUCUGUCCCUUUUCCUUUACUCUUACUAUAUGAA